ACGCGGGCUCUCGGAAGAAGUGUGUGUUCUGGUGGUGCGCUCCUCCUGCCUCUGCACGCGGCACUCGCUGCUGCCGCCGCCGACACAUGGGCCUGAUCCAUUCGCUGCCUGCGAACGUGGCCGACGCUCGAGAGAGGUGGCAGCAGCGUCUGCGCCGCUGGCAGGCCGGCGAACGCGGUUCCGACGAAGAAGAAGAGGACGAAGAAGCGCUGAGCGAAGUGGUCGUCAUCGGUGGCUGCGAGUCGGGCGAGCCGGCACACGGAGCGGGACCGGGAAAAGCAGCCUUCAUGCAGCAGCAGCAGCAGCAGCAAGCGAGCGCGGCGGGCGACCGCAGCCUGUCGCCGCGCAUCCAUCUUCCCGAGGUGGACACGGACGACGCGGUGAAGAUCUGGUGCAGCCGCAGUCAGCCCAGCCAGGUACGGCGAUUAGCGGUGACGCAGGGUGGCCCCAGCGCGUGGCUAGAGGCGGAACAGGAGCGCUCGAGCUCCAGCGGCAGCGAGUACGAGCUGGACGACGAAGAGGACGAGGAGGACGAAGAGGGAGAGGAGGACGAGGCGAGCAGCGAGGGCAGCACGGAGACGUCGACCAGCUCGACGUCCACCAUCCCGUCGGGUAUGCUCCGCCAGUGGAGGCGCAUCCGCAAGUGCUACGCCGACAACCCCGACGUCAUCGGGGACAUACUCGUCUACAGAGUGCUGACGUACAUGGGUCACCCCCACUGGCGCAAGAGCAGCGGCGGCGGUUGCGCGUCGGCGGCCGGCGACAGCCCCAACCUGACCACGGUGCUGCAGGCCACCAUGGCGCUGCGGCUGGAGGACCUGCGCCAGAAGAAGCUGCAGAUGGAGGCCGCCUGGCGGGCCAUGAAGAAGAAGGCGCCGCCCAUCAGCCGCGUCGUGCUCGAGGCCAAGCGCCGCGCCGUGCAGCAGCUCGAGAAGGAGCUCAUGUCGCUGCACGAGGCGAGUUCAAAGAUGGGGUCCGGCAAAACUCGGUGUGCCAAGAGUGAAAAAGCAGCUGCUGCGGAGUGUGCCCAAGGCCAGUGAACGGGGACUGCUCAUUGUUCUUUUUUUUUUUUCUGCCUUCGUUUUUUUUUUUUGCGUACCUUUUUUCUACGGUCACAUUACUUUCUUUUUCUCUCUCUCUCUCUCUUGUGGGGCAUGGAGCUCGACACCGAGCGCGUUCAGUGUACCGUGUGUAAUAAAAACCGCGGAAGCUGCCCUUUGA